GGAGGGAGGGAGCAGCUUUGGGAGCCCUCUUACUAAACUUUUAGAACAAUCCAUUUCCCAAAGAGUGUGGGAGGGAGGCAGACAGAAGUGGAUGGCCCGAGACCUGGAUUCGCAGCUUUAAAAGCAGGAGCGGGAUUUGGAGUUUGGGAUAAGCCUGUCCCUGGCCGCCUGGAGAGAGUGAGGUGGAAUAUAGCAGAGUUUAUCUGGAAGUUUUCACUCACUGGGGUGGGAAGAGAAGGAGCAUUUAACAGGGUGAUCUGUGGUUCAGGGGGUCCAGAUGGCAGGCAUGAGGGGCCUGGCCUGCACUGGCGUCUGGCUCUAGAGUCCACAGGGGCUCCCACUUCAACUGGACACAUUCCACAGGACGUGUGCCCAUGAGGUCGUCACCACUGGUCCUGCUCCUCCUGAUCGGCGUCCAGGCUGUACUGAACAUGGGAGGUGGAUUGGCCCGGAGUGCCGGGGCAGCCAACCACAAAGCAGGACAGCAGACGGCAGCCAAUCACAGAGCAGGACAACAGCAGACAGCAGUGGGGGACCACCUUUCUCAACACCAUUCUUCACAGGAGCAUCACAGGACCAGCCACCACAGGACCAAGAGGCCCCAUCGGGCGGCAUCACGCAGCCAGGACAGGAACCCUGUCGGCAUGCACUCGAAGGCAGAUUCCCCUCCUGACCCCUCCAUCCCAGUGGUGGACCCCAAGCUCUUCUCCAAGAGACGUUACCGCUCCUCGCCCCGAGUUGUCUUCAGCGAGGUGCCCCCAUCACACGAUGCCCUGGAAGGUGAGGGCUAUGACAUUGAAGGGGUGAGGGGGGUGAGGGUAAAGCGCAGAGCAGGAUCGCACACCAUGCACCGAGGAGAGUACUCAGUAUGUGACAGCAUAAAUACCUGGGUGGGGAACCUGACACGAGCCACAGACAUAGCUGGGAAUGAGGUGACAGUGCUGCCUAAUGUCACAAUCAACAACGUGGUGAAGAAACAGUUCUUCUAUGAGACCACCUGCCGAUACCCCACGCACAGAGGCUCCGGGAACGCAAACGGGGGAAGGCCGGGGGGGCGGAGUGGCAAACAGGGCAACAAAUCGGGCAACUCGGGCUGCCUCGGCAUCGAUAGUCGCCACUGGAACUCCUACUGCACCAACACACACAUAUUCGUAAGCGCCCUGACCAUCUUCAAGGAACGGACAGCCUGGCGUUUCAUCCGUAUCAACGCUGCAUGUGUGUGUGUUCUCAGUCGGAAGUCUUGGGCAGGACGACUGGGGCACUGACUGAGGAGGACGACCUCCUGACCAACUAUGAACCAAGCACACACAUUUCUCCUAAACAGCCACUGCAGCUUUAUUGCCAAUACUGUAAUCCUCUUCCCCACCUCCAAACAUACACACACCAACAACACACACACUGACCACUGCAUUCAGUCCAACCACACACACAGACACACACACAAACAUCUUCAUCUAUCCAACCUCUUGGCCCCUGACCCUACCUCAGUCCGAGAAGUCCUGGUUGUUUUAAGUUAUGAGGACUGCAUGUCAUAUUUAUGGUUUAUACAGUCAAAUAUGAAAAUAUAUACGGUAUGUGUAUAUAUACAAAAUGAAUUCAAGCUUUUAAUGUUGUUGUUAUUGUUGUCGUGUUGUUUAUGCUGUUAUUUAUUAAACACCUCAGUACUUGC